AUGAGCCGGUUCGGGGGCCGCACGCGCGAGUACCCGGCCGCGUCCAUCGACCGCUUCGACCGCGACAACCUGCGCGCGCGCGCCUUCUUCCUGUCGCACUGCCACAAGGAUCACAUGAAGGGGCUGCGGGCCACCGCCCUGAAGAGGAGGCUGGAGGGCAGCUUGAAAGUUAAACUAUACUGCUCGCCAGUAACUAAGGAAUUGUUGUUGACUAACUGGAAAUACAAGUUUUGGGAGAAUCAUAUUGUUGCAUUGGAAGUUGAAACUCCAACUCAGAUUUCUUUAGAAGAUGAAACAUCUGGUGAGAAAGAAGAUGUAGUGGUGACACUUCUGCCAGCUGGUCACUGUCCAGGUUCAGUCAUGUUUCUGUUUGAAGGUGAGAAUGGCACUGUUUUGUACACAGGGGAUUUCAGGCUUGCAAAAGGAGAAGCAGCCAGAAUGGAGCUUUUGCAUUCAGGGACCAGGGUAAAAGACAUCCAGAGUGUGUAUUUGGACACUACUUUUUGUGACCCCAAAUUUUAUCACAUACCAAGCCGGGAGGAAUGUUUAAAUGGGAUCUUGGAGUUAGUACGGAGCUGGACCUCACUGUCUCGUAAUCAUGUUGUAUGGCUGAACUGCAAAGCUGCUUAUGGAUAUGAGUAUUUAUUCAUAAACCUCAGUGAGGAACUCGGAAUCAAGGUGCACAUGAACAAACUUGAUAUGUUCAGGAACAUGCCAGAAAUCCUGUGCCAUGUUACCACGGACCAGCACACGCAGAUUCACGCCUGUCGACAUCCUCGGGAUGAUGACAGCUUCCGAGGGAACAGACUGCCCUGUGGCAUCACUUGCCUCAAUGGAGCUCCCCUACACAUAAUCAGCAUCAAACCCUCCACAAUGUGGUUUGGGGAAAGGAGAAAGAAAACUAGUGUAAUAGUGAGGACUGGGGAGAGAACGUACAGAGCUUGUUUCUCUUUCCACUCUUCAUACAGUGAGAUCAAGGAUUUCCUGAGCUAUAUCUGUCCUGUGAAUGUGUAUCCCAGUGUACUGCCAGUGGGUGGGACAGAGGACAAAGUUAUGGAAAUAUUAAAGCCAUUAUGCAGGUCAUACAGGAGAGUCAUGGAACCCAGGUACAAGCCCUUAGGAACACUGAAGAGAGCCCACAAGAGAGAAUUAUCUGAUACAGAUGAAGAUGAUCUCUUUGAUUCAGAAUUAAUUUCUUCAAGGCCUAAGAUUCCAAAACAGCAGAGAGGGGAGAGCAUGCCCUCCAGCACAGGACAGUCUGAAAAUUCCGAAGGAAACAUUAAUGAGAGCACAGAAACUUACAAAGGGACCACAACUUACAUGUCUCUCAAAGUGGACUUUGUGGAUUGUGAGGAAUCAAAUGAUGAUGACGAUGAAGAUGAUGAAGAAGAAUCUGAAAAAACUACAGUUCAAUUUCUUUCCCAUGAACCAGAUGCCACUUCCACAGCCAAUUUCAAUGGAGUAACUAGUGACCAGCAGGAGUCCAAUGCCAAUGUCCCUUGCUGGGAUGAAUUUUUUACGGGUAAUAAGCUAGAAGAAAGCUCUGAAAAUGAGGACAACAUUCCAUCUUCAGCAGAUGCUGGUGGGUCCCAGUCACUCUUCAGUGAUUCAGAUGGAGUAAGUGACUCAACACACAUCUCCUCCCAAAAUUCCUCUCAGUCAACACACAUAUCAGAGCAGGGGAGCCAGGGCUGGGAUAGCCAAAUGGACACCGUGCUCAUCACCUCCCAGGAGAGAAGUGCCCUGGACCUCAGCAGAGGUGGGAGCAGAGCAGUGGUUCCUGUGCUGCAGGAGAGUCCCAGGGACACUCAGCUGGACAGCAGCAGGGACAAGUCACCAGGUCAGAACAGACCUUGUACCCAUGAUGGUGCCUGUGGCUUGAAAAGCAAAGGCUGUGAGAAAGCUGCAGAAGAGAGCACUGCCCACAUUCAGGAUGUGCUGGUGGAAAUAAGUGACAGCUCCAGGACUCCUGAUCUGGAGCUGAGGAGGGACUCCCAGAGCUCCUCUGACUUUGAAAUUCCCUUGACCCCUGAUGCUGAAGCACCUCAGCCAGAUAAGCUGCAUCAUUUAUACAAGAAGCUUGCAGCAGGUGAAAACAUAAUUAACGAGAAAAAAAAUAUCCCGAGAACAGGUAUAACUGAUUAAUAUCAGUGGCAAUACCCAGCAUGUCUAUUAAU